UGAAAUCCUUGCAAUGGCGGAAUCAAUUCUAUUCGAUGUUGCGACAUCCCUUAUUACCAAAUUGGGCUCUCUUGCUAUCAAAGAGUGUCAAUUGUUUUGUGGCGUCCAGGAUGAGCUCCACAAACUCACACAGACCAUUUCAGACAUGAAAGCAGUCCUUCUUGAUGCAGAGGAGAAACAGUUCUUGAACGAUGAAGUGAAGAAUUGGAUUUCAAAGGUCAAAGAGGCUUUCUACGAUGCUGAAGACUUGAUUGACGAGUUCGCUUAUGAAACCUUGAGGCGGCAAGUUAUCGCCAACGAUAAAAGAGGGGCAAAAGAGGUACGUCAAUUUUUCUCUCUGCCUCAUCGGAUUGCAUUCCGAUUUCAAAUGAGUCACAAAAUUAAAGACAUUAGAGACAACCUGAAAGCUAUUGAUGCUGAUAAAAAUCAAUUUAAUUUCUCUGAGCGUAUGAUAAAUACUCGAGAUGAUGAGCUGAGGAAGCGUCGAGAGACUUCGUCUUUUAUAUGUGAUGAUGAAGUGGUGGGAAGAGAUCACGACAAGAAAGCAAUUAUAGAUCUUCUCCUAAAUACAGAUCCUAAUGUCAAGGAGAACGUUGCAGUGAUUGCCAUUGUUGGAAUGGGAGGUUUAGGAAAGACCACGCUUGCUCAAUUUGUCUACAAUAAUGAAGACAUAAAGAAACAUUUUGAAUUGAAACUAUGGGUGUGUAUUUCUGACGAGUUUGAUGUAAAAGUUAUUGUUGAAAAGAUUCUAGAGUCUGCGACAAGAAAGAAACCUGAGAUUCUUCAAAUGGAUUUGUUGCAAAGUGACCUUCGAAAGCAUAUUGAUGGAAAAAAGUACUUGCUCAUCAUGGAUGAUGUGUGGAACGAAGAUUAUGAGAGAUCAGUUGCUCUCAAAAGAUUAUUGAUGGGUGGUGCUUCAGGCAGUAGAAUUUUGAUCACAACACGACAACAAAAAGUUGCAGAGACUUUUGACACAACUUCAUCAUAUGCUUUAGGAGUAUUGGACGACAAUAGUGCUUGGCUAUUGUUUAAAAGAAUGGCUUUUGGAGGUGAAGAACCAGAAAAAGAAGUAGUCGAAAUUGGGAAGGAGAUUGUGGUGAAGUUAAAAGGCCUUCCUCUUGCAAUAAGAACAAUAGGACGUCUUUUAUAUGCCAAAAAACCAGAACAUCAUCUUUGGUUGGCUUUCAAGGAUAAGGAGCUUUCUCAAGUUUUGGAGCAAAGAGAAGAGGGGGAGUUCAUGCGAUCAAUAUUAGGUCUCAGUUAUAACCAUCUACCAUCUCAUUUGAAGCAAUGUUUUUUAUAUUGUGCUUUAUUUCCCAAAGAUUAUGAUAUUGAAAAGGAUGAAGUGAUACGACAAUGGAUGGCACAAGGUUUUGUUCGAUCAACUGGCGCAAUGGAGGCAAGUGAUAUUGGUGAAGAGUAUUUCAUGGAAUUAUUAUCAAGGUCAUUCUUUCAAGACGUCACAAGAAAUGAAAUGGGUAUCGUAACAGAGUGUAAGAUGCAUGAUUUGAUACAUGAUCUUGUUUGUUCAAUAGUAGAAGAUGAAUACGUUUCCAUGGGUGUGAACGAUAGCACCGACAUUGACAAAAUCCGACACAUCUCAAUUGAUAAUAACUUUGCUGAAAAAUUGGAAUCCUUGAAAUUAUUGUUUAAAGCAAAAAAUUUGAGGACAUUAAUUAUUGAUGCUGUAAAGGAGGAUUGCCAAAAAGUUGUGAACCUAAUCUCUACUCAGUUUUUGUGCUUGAGGACAUUGACGGUGGAUUUCUGCUAUACUAAUACUUCAAAAGUAUUGCCAAGGUCUAUUGGUAAGUUGAAACAUUUAAGAUAUUUGAGGAUAUAUCAAAGGAAACUUGAGUUCCUUCCGAAUUCUAUAACUAAGUUGUAUAAUUUGGAAAUACUUAUCCUUGAUGGGUGUAAGUGUUUACAAGAGUUGCCGAGAGAUGCAAAAAAUUGGAUGAAGCUGAGGUAUCUAAGCCUUGCUAGAAAUAUGAAUAUAAAAUUCCUUCCAGGUUCUAUGGGUGCAUUGCACAAUUUGGAAACACUUAUCCUUCAAGAUUGUUCUGAAUUAAGAGAAUUGCCGAAAGAUAUUAAAAAAUGUGUCAACCUCAAGCAUCUUGAUUUACAUGGGUGCAAUGCUUUGACUCAUAUGUCCAAAGGACUAGGUGAGCUUACAAGUCUUCAAACAAUGAAUUUGUUUGUACUAAAGAAAGAUAUUGGUUGUGAUUUAAGCGAGUUGAAUAGAUUGAACAAGUUGAAGGGCUUAUUGACUAUUAAAGGUUUGGAAGUUUGUACAACGGAUGAUUUAGAAAAGAGUUCUUUUAACAUGCGACAGAAAUUGGGUGUUCAAGAAUUAAACCUAGUUUGGAACUAUUCCAAAGAUGAGCACAUGAAUACUAUCGUGGACAAUGAGUGCAAUGGGGUUUUACAUUGCUUACAGCCACAUUCAAAGGUUCAAAAGAUAGAUAUAUGCAAAUAUCCAGGAGUCAGUCUAUGUGAUUGGCUAUCCUCUAAUACCCUCGUUCAUUUGGUCAGCAUUAAACUUUCAGAUUGCUUCAAAUUGCAAGCUCUCCCACAAUUUGAUCAAUUUCCUUUUCUCAAGUAUUUGGGUCUUAAAUCAUUACCCAACAUUGAGUACUUUGACAAUAAUGAAUAUCCUUCUUCAUCGAUGUUUUUUCCAUCUCUCGAGAAAUUAAGCAUAGUAGAAAUGCUUAAUUUAAAAGGAUGGUGGAAGGGUGAAACUUCAUUGGAAUCUUCUCCAAACAAUGCAUCAUUUCCUAUAGCAAUGUCUCGUCUUUGUGAACUUGAGAUAGAUGCUUGUCCUCAUUUAGCUUCAUUUCCUUGGCAUGCACUUUUGAAGUCACUCCGUCUGCAUGCAAUUAGUUCACAACUACUUAAUGUUAUAUUUGAAAGGACUGCCAAUCAUUGUGUUGAAGAGUGUUCUUCUACUUUUGUUUCCUUUGAUAAGAUUGAUGACCUUGAGUUUUUGCCAGAAGGGUUCUUCUAUCAUUUCACAAAUCUUGAGCGUCUUGAAAUAGAAGAUUGCAAAAACUUACGGAUGUCUUCUGCUCUUGUUCAACAUCCUAUUAAUGAUGUAUUGUGGAAAGAGUUUCGAAGUCUUCGCAUUUUAGUUCUUAAAGCAAUUCCGAAGUUGGAGUAUUUGCCCAAUGGGAUGCAACAUGUAACAACUCUUGAAGACAUUAAGAUAAUUUCAUGUCCAAAUUUAACAACUCUACCGGAAUGGAUAGGUAACUUCACAUCACUCUCAGAGUUAAUGAUUAUCAGCUGUCCAAAACUCACUUCACUGGAAAGGAUUUACCACCUCCCCUCUUUGCAAUCUUUAUAUAUUUGGGUGUGUCCCAAAUUAAAAGAGAGGUACGAGCAAGGAGAAGGAGAAGAUUGGCCAAAAAUUUCUCAUAUUCCCUAUGUAAGCAUUGAAUCACCAAGGAGCACCAAGGAGGAGGAUUAUUAUUACCUCCAAAAUUGUUCCUCUCUCAAAAUUCACUCUUAUGAAUCUUCAUGGAAGAAAGAAAAUGAAAACCAAGACGAAGAAGAAGAGGACGAAGCAGAAGAAGACGAAGCAGAAGAAAUCUCACUCAAUCUUGUUGAAAUCCUUGCAAUGGCGGAAUCAAUUCUAUUCGAUGCUGCGACAUCCCUUAUUACCAAAUUGGGCUCUCUUGCUAUCAAAGAGUGUCAAUUGUUUUGUGGCGUCCAGGAUGAGCUCGACAAACUCACACAUACCAUUUCAGACAUGAAAGCAUUCCUAAUUGAUGCAGAGGAGAAACAGUUCAAGAACAAAGAAGUGAAGAAGUGGAUUUCAAGGGUCAAAGAGGCUUUCUACGAUGCUGAAGACUUGAUUGACGAGUUCGCUUAUGAAACCUUGAGGCGGCAAGUUAUCGCCAACAAUAAAAGAGGGGCAAAAGAGGUACGUCAAUUUUUCUCUCUGCCUCAUCGGAUUGCAUUCCGAUUUCAAAUGAGUCACAAAAUUAAAGACAUUAGAGAGAAACUGAAAGCUAUUAAUGCUGAUAAAAAUCAAUUCACUUUCUCGAUAAAUACUCAACCUGAAGAGUUGAGGAAGAGUGGAGAUGAGUUGAGGAAGAGUCGAGAGACUUCGUCUUUUAUAUGUGAUGAUGAAGUGGUGGGAAGAGAUCACGACAAGAAAGCAAUUAUAGAUCUUCUCCUGAAUACAGAUCCUAAUGUCAAGGAAAACGUUGCAGUGAUUGCCAUCGUUGGAAUGGGAGGUUUAGGAAAGACUGCACUUGCUCAAUUUGCCUACAAUAAUGAAGACAUACAAAAACAUUUUGAGUUGAAACUAUGGGUGUGUAUUUCUGACGAGUUUGAUGUAAAAAUUAUUGUUGAAAAGAUUCUAGAGUCUGCAAUAAGAAAGAAACCUGAGAUCUUUCAAAUGGAUUUGUUGCAAAGUGAACUUCGAAAGAAUAUUGAUGGGAAAAAGUACUUGCUUAUCAUGGAUGAUGUGUGGAAUAAAAAGGACGAUGAAUGGGUUAAGCUCAAAAGAUUAUUGAUGGGUGGUGCAUCAGGCAGUAAAAUUUUGAUCACAACACGUGAUAGACAAGUUGCAACGACUUUUGACCCAACUUCAUAUUAUGUUUUAGGAGAAUUGGAUGACAAAAAUGCUUGGCUAUUGUUUAAAAAAAUGGCUUUUGGAGGCGAGGAACCAGAAAAGGAACGUGAAAAUUCAAAUCUAGUUGACAUUGGGAAGGAGAUUGUGGUGAAAUUGAAAGGUCUUCCUCUUGCAAUAAGAACAAUAGGACGUCUUUUAUAUGCUAAAAAACAACAUCAUCUUUGGUUGGCUUUCAAAGAUAAGGAGAUUUCUCAAGUUUUGGAGCAAAGAGAAGAGGCGGAGUUCAUGCUAUCAAUACUAGGUCUCAGUUAUAACCAUCUACCAUCUCAUUUGAAGCAAUGUUUUUUAUAUUGUGCUGUAUUUCCCAAAGAUUAUGAUAUUAAAAAGGAUGAAGUGAUACGACAAUGGAUGGCGCAAGGUUUUGUUCGAUCAACUGGCGCAAUUGGGGCAAGUGAUAUUGGUGAAGAGUAUUUCAUGGAAUUAUUAUCAAGGUCAUUCUUUCAAGACGUCAGAAGAAAUGAAAUGGGUGACAUAAUAAGAUGUAAGAUGCAUGAUUUGAUACAUGAUCUUGCUUGUUCAAUAGUAGAAGAUGAAUACGUUUCCAUGGGUGUGAACGAUAGAACCGACAUUGACAAAAUCCGACAUAUCUCAAUUGAUAGUAACUUUGCUAUAAAAUUGGAAUCCUUGAAAUUAUUGUUGAAGGCAAAAAAUUUGAGGACAUUAAUUAUUGAAGCUUCAGAUGAGGAUUGCCAAAAAGUUAUGAACCUAAUCUCUACCCAGUUUUUGCGCUUGAGGACAUUGACGGUGAAUUUCUACCAUACUGAUAUUUCAAAAGUAUUGCCAAGUUUUAUUGGUAAGUUAAAACAUUUGAGAUAUCUAAACAUAUGUCUAAAUAAACUUAAGUUCCUUCCGAAUUCUAUAACUAAGUUGUAUAAUUUGGAAAUACUUAUCCUUGAUGGGUGUGAGUGUUUACAAGAGUUGCCGAGAGAUGCAAAAAAUUGGAUGAAGCUCAGGUAUCUAAGCCUUGCUGAAAAUGAGAAUAUAAAAUUCCUUCCAGAUUCUAUUACUUCAUUGCAUGAUUUGGAAACACUUAUCCUUGAUGGGUGUGAGUGUUUACAAGAGUUGCCGAGAGAAGCAAAAAAUUGGAAGAAGCUGAGGUAUCUAAGCCUUGUUGGAAAUAAGAAUAUAAAAUUCCUUCCAGAUUCUAUUACUGCAUUGCACAAUUUGGAAACACUUAUCCUUCAAGAUUGUUCUCAAUUAAGAGAAUUGCCGAAAGAUAUUAAAAAAUGUGUCAACCUCAAGCAUCUUGAUUUACAUGGGUGCAAUGCUUUGACUCAUAUGCCUAAAGGACUAGGUGAGCUUACAAGUCUUCAAACAAUGAAUUUGUUUGUACUAAAGAAAGAUAUUGGUUGUGAUUUAAGCGAGUUGAAUAGAUUGAACAAGUUGAAGGGAACAUUAACUAUUAAAAGCUUGGAAGUUUGUACAUCUGAUGUUUUGGAAAACACCUUGCGAUUGAAGUUGGGUGUUCGAGAGCUAAGGCUAGUUUGGAACAAUUCUGUAGAUGAGUAUAUAUAUAUUGUCCUGGACGAUGAGGGCAAAGGAGUUUUACAAUGCUUACAGCUACAUUCAAAGGUUCGAACGAUAUAUAUAUGCAAAUAUCCAGAAGUCAGUCUAUGUGAUUGGCUAUCCUCUAAUACCCUUGUUCACUUGGUCAGCCUAGAGCUUUCAGAUUGCUUCAAAUUGCAAGCUCUCCCACAAUUUGAUCAAUUUCCUUUUCUCAAGCAUUUGGGUCUUAAAUCAUUACCCAACAUUGAGUACAUCGACAAUAAUGAAUAUCCUUCUUCCUCGAUGUUUUUUCCAUCUCUUGAGGAAUUAAGCAUAGUAGACAUGCAUAAUUUAAAAGGAUGGUGGAAGGGUGAAACUUCAUCGGAAUCUUCUCCCAACAAUGCAUCAUUUCCUAUAACAAUGUCUUGCCUUUGUGAACUUGAGAUCGAUGCUUGUCCUCAUUUGGCUUCAAUUCCUUGGCAUGCAUAUUUGAAGUCACUCUAUCUGCGUGAAAUUAGUUCACAGCUACUUAAUGUGGUAAUUGAAAGGACUACCAAUAAUUGUGUUGAAAAGUGUUCUACUACUAGUGUUUCCUUAAGUAAGAUUGAUGAUCUUGAGUUUUUGCCAAAAGGGUUAUUCUAUCAUUUCACAAAUCUUGAGUAUCUUGAAAUAAAAGAUUGCAAAAACUUACAAAUGUCUUCUGCUCUUGUUCAACAUCCUAUUAAUGAUGUAUUGUGGAAAGAGUUUCGAAGUCUUUGCUAUUUAUCUCUUGAAGCAAUUCCGAAGUUGGAGUAUUUGCCUAAUGGGAUGAAACAUGUGACAACUCUUGAACGCAUUGACAUAAUCUCAUGUCCAAAUUUAAUAACUCUACCAGAAUGGAUAGGUAACUUCACAUCACUCUCAGAGUUAAUGAUUAUCGUGUGUCCAAAACUCACUUCAUUGUCGGAAAGGAUUCACCACCUCCCCUCUUUGCAAGAUUUGUAUAUUUGGGAUUGCCCCAAAUUGAAGGAGAGGUACGAGAGAGGAAAAGGAGAAGAUUGGCAAAAAAUUUCUCAUAUUCCCCGUGUAACCAUUGGAUAACUUUGAAGAGAAGAAAAACUUAUUCAGUCUUCAACCGCAGGCAUUAUAAGCAUAUUCUAUUCUGAUGCAACACACCAAGGGGGAGGAUUAUUAUUACCUCCAAAAUUGUUCAUCUCUCAAAAUUCACUCUUAUGAAUCUUCAUGGAAGAAAGAAAAUGAGAACCAUUAUGUGUUGCUUCAAAUCUUUCAGGAGGAACAAGUUCUUGGGUAUUUAUUGUUCCAUGUCGAAGUUAUGUUUCUAUUAUAUUGUUAUUAUUUCUGCCCAUUAAUUUGUAAUUUGUAGUUUUAAUUCUUCAGACUUGUUUAAUCAAUUGGUAAUAUCUUGUGGGAGCCAUUUGUUCAUCUCCCUCUCUCCAACUCACCAUUGAAAAAUUAAAAACAAAAAUAUUAUUUGUUUAAA